AUGUAUACAUGUCUUAUCAACCGAUUUAUACGUAUCAGAAAACCCAAGAUCUGAUCAUGCCGGUUCGCUGUCUCCUGCUCGUCCUGGCUUCGCUGACUGCCGUCUGCAGCUCCACUGGGCUACGCCAUUCGGCCCUCGAGUCCUCGUUCGAGUGGGUGUUGGACCCUCACGCUGCUGAGCGCUGUGCCAACGGAUCCGUGGGCUGUGUGAGCCAUGUGAAAUAUGGCUACACUGUUGUGCCAGUAAAUGUGUCGACAGACGCCAAGCUGGUCAUGCAGUCGGCCGAGCGCCCAGCCAAACUCUCAGCGGUCGUGAAGCUGGAGACGUUCACUCAGCCUGGCUGCGUCAUCAGCGGAUGCCACACCGUCAAGUUGCUGGGUGUAUUGCCGCAGGAAGACUGUUUUAACUGCCAGGUAAGGAAGGUACCCGACCAGCCGGACGGAAAAAGCGUCAAGAUCGACUUUGGCGGGAUCUACUAUGAGCAUCUACCGUCGGGCGAGCUCUACGUCAAGUAUGAGCGCAGAAACUACCUGACAGGCGAAGACACGUGCACAUACGAGAUCCGAAGUGGCUACAAAAGAUGGUUCUAAAAGGGGGACAAACAGAAAUGGGUACGUGUGUCUGCGAUGACUACAUCUUUGCUGCUAGUCGAGGUUUAUGACUGUACAUGUAUUAAAUAAACGUAAGCCUU